CUGAAACGCAGACGCGCCGAGCAGAUGUUGGAGUAGGGUGCAGCUGGACGGGAAGAAGCCGCAGUGCGAAGCGGAGCUGCGGGGCAGCGCUUCGGCAGGAAUGUGCUCCUCCGCGCCGACCUGAGGAGGAGAAAAUGAAGCGGAGGACCGAGAGGAGAGGAGCCGAGUUGAGUAAAAAGCGGCGCGGAGCUCCGAGCAGCUCAGAGGCGGAGCCACACUGUGAUGUUUACAUUCAGAUAACAGAUCAGCUGUAUUUCUCCAUACUUCAGCAAAAGAUGAAGAGUUCUGCGGAGCGACACUGUUUCUGCAUCGAUGAAGAGCUGGCAUAUGAGAAUUUCUAUGCAGACUUUGGUCCCCUUAACCUGGCCAUGUUUUAUCACUUCUGUUGCAAGCUCACAAAGAAGCUCAAGUCCAUUACACUGUCAAGGAAGAAGAUAAUAUUUUAUACCUGUGGAGACCAGAAGAAACAAGCCAAUGCUGCCUACCUAAUUGGUUCUUAUGCAGUGAUGAAUCUGAAUAUGACACCAGAGGAAGCCUACAAUCUGCUGGUGUCAAGGAAUUCAACAUAUAUUCCAUUCAGAGAUGCUUCAUUUGGAACCUGCAUGUACAAUCUGAACAUCCUAGAUUGCCUGCGUGCUGUGCACAAGGCUGUGCAGUAUGGCUGGCUUGACUUCUCCAAUUUUGAUGUAGAAGAAUAUGAGCACUAUGAGAGAGCAGAAAAUGGUGAUUUUAACUGGAUCAUUCCAGGAAAGUUUUUGGCAUUCAGUGGACCUCAUCCAAAAAGCAAAAUAGAGAAUGGUUACCCUCUGCAUGCUCCUGAGGCCUACAUUCCUUAUUUCAGGAAGCACAAUAUCACUACCAUUAUCCGCCUCAACAAGAAAAUGUAUGAUGCCAGACGAUUCACAGACUCAGGUUUUGAGCAUCACGACCUUUUUUUUGUGGAUGGGAGUACACCAAAUGACACCAUUGUUAAGAAGUUCCUCAACAUCUGUGAGAAUGCAGAUGGAGCUAUUGCUGUCCACUGCAAAGCUGGUUUGGGACGCACUGGCACUUUGAUUGGCUGCUACAUGAUGAAGCAUUACCACCUGACUGCCGCAGAGGCCAUUGCCUGGAUACGAAUCUGCCGACCAGGGUCCAUCAUUGGUCCCCAGCAGAACUUUGUUGAGGAGAAACAAAACGGUCUGUGGGCAGAGGGAGAUCUUUUCCGUGAGAAGAUGUUAAAUGAACAAGAGAAUGGAAAGAUGGCCGUAACCAGGAUCCUAUCUGGAGUGGACGACAUAACCAUCAAUGGGAGCAACAAGAACAGGACAGUCAACAAGGAAGAAAUGGAACAGUAUAAUGAUGAUGAGGAGAGAAAUGGACUAACACAAGGUGAUAAACUACGAGCCCUGAAGAGCAAGAGACAGGCCAAAUCCUCAUCUUGUUCAUUAUCACUAGAAGAAAACAAGAUUCACACCAGGUCUGCCUCACAGUCCCUCAGCAGCAGGGUGAUCUUGCAGUCCACAGCUCAGAGCUGUAAGGCCGGCAGCACGCCGUUGGCUCUGUCAGACCACUCGGACAGCAGGAAGAGGACGAGGACCUCACUGCCAGCCAAUGGAGUCAGAAGCAGCUCCGUGUGCCACACCAGACUGGUCAGAUCUCUAGGCAACUUGCAUGUUAUGGCUGGCGACAGGGACCCAAUGUGUUAUGAGCCAUGUGGCAGCCAUAGAGAUACAUCAAGUGCCACAAACACAGGCGGGCUCAACUUAAACAUGGCACAGGUCCACCUGCAGAUGUGCUGUUGCCAAAAGAUGUAAAGCUCACAGCUCUUUACAAGUACUGAGAUUUUCACAGCUCUGUCACUCCAUACCUAAAGCCAGAGCUCCUCUACUCCGGUGAGCCUGCAGUUCUGGAAAAGCUGAGGAGUUCCACACUGGUUCCACCUGAAGUCCAGUUUCUGUACAGCUGUACCAUUUUGACAGUAGAUGAAACUAAGAAAAGAAUUUUUCCUUAAUCAAUGUGAUGUAAAACGUUUAUUGCUGGAUUAUGCACUAGUUAUUUUACUCAUAGCACUUCCAUUUGUAAUAAUGACAAACUUGCAGUUUAAGCAUAGUUUCUACAGUCUGAGCAUGCUGUAGCAAUUUUAACCACAAAUGGCUUGAAGCCAGGAGAUUCUCAAUGAGCACUGUGCAACAUAUUAGCUUUAAGAUUAAUAUUGUAUGUUUUUAUUUGGAAGAUUUGUAGAUGUACAUGGACCUGGCCAACAGUUCAGACAGAAUUUUGCAGACUUAUGGAACCCUGCCAUAUUUUCACAUCCUCAUCCUGAGUGUCCAUUUAGAAAGGGUCAAGCGUUCCAUGAGCUACCGGUAAAAUUGAAAUUAUAUUUCAAGGCUAAAAUUUAAAUCUUUGAUACAAUGUAAAUAUUUUUGUACCAUUUGAAAUUAUGUUUGACAGCAGUCCUUGUGGGGCUCAUGUUUGUUAACUGCAGAAUGGGACUUUAAUAAAAUACUGUCUGUCCAAGUAAGA